AUGUCCCUGGGAGUCCGAUCAGUAUGGAGAGCUCGUGCCUGCGCCUCGACUGUCGGAGGGCUCUCCUUGAUUCCCAGGGGUGUCCCUCGAGGCCAGGCCGUCGUCUACCCAAGAUACGACCCUCGACGACAUGUGUCCACUGAGCCCGCCUCCCAUCCCGUGCACGAAGCCCUUACAACCCGACGGUCGACACCCCCCCCCGCGGAUCCCGCAGACGAGUUCCAAGAUGUGUUUAAAGAGGCCUUUAGUGGCAAGUCCCAAGACGCUCCCAAGGACGAGCCGGCCACUCGCUCUCGCUCGGCAUUCCGGAGGGCCGUCCUGCGCCGGGUGAUCAAAAAGCGCAGCGCCAGCGCAGAAGAUUCGGCGCUGGUGAAGCCGUCGAGGUUCUACCCCAGCAAGCACGAGAUUGACCGGAACAACCGCAAGAGGAGGCAGAGCCAGGCACGGCAAGUUCUGUGGACAUCUGCUCGUGUUGCCGAGGGAAGACUUGGCACCAACUGGAGAAAGGUGGAGCGCGCCUUGUCCAAGCUCACGCCCAAGUUUGGCACGAUCUACGACUUCAAGGUCACUGUCGGCAGAGGAGCUGCUGAUGAGGUGCGCAAGUUCUUGCCGCGGUCGCCCACCAGUCCCGGGCGGCUGCAGGAGAGCACCCGAGCGAUCGUCCGGAUCAACGACGUCGACGAGGCAGAUGGAAGGCUGAAGUUGACGCUGACAGGAUCUGAGCAUUCUGUGCGCCGCGCGCUGCUGGAUCUGCUUCGGGCAUCGGGGCAGAUAUCUGCCGUCAGGGUCAUGGACAGCGAUUCCGAGGGCAUGCUCCGGGACCUUUGGCGGAGAAAGGACACGCUGCGUUCGGUCGAGUUGUUGAAAGAAUGUGAUGCCGUUCCUAAUGACAGGGUCCUCACCCUCCACAGGGAACAGUCGCCGGUGAUCGCCCUGGGGAGCCGGCCCAAAAGGCACAACUACAAGUUAUCUCAAAGGGCUGACGACAUUGCUCGACCCGCGAUAUGGACAAAGGCAUCACUAGAGGAAUAUGUCGCAGCCUUGGUCAGUGGGGUGGUGCCGAUGCACUUGAUGGGUUCGCUGUACCCCCCAGAUGGACCGGAUCACCAACAAACGGUCGUGUCCUUGCUCGUCGAGUUGUUCCAGUCCGAAUCACUCAGAGACAGCAUUUCCACCGAGGCACUGGCCAUGAGCUUGGCUUACAUCCAGGAGAAGCAUCUCACGUUUCGACCGGCUGCCCGAGCUAUCUUUAACCAGGCCGAAAUCUCCAAUGUUCCGAUGGACACCAGGAUCUGCAACCUUCUUUUGGAAGGGUCCUCUCGGUCCGGAGACAUUGACGGCUUUGACGCCGUGCUGAAGAUGAUGACCAGGAGAGGCUACCAUGCCGACAGCGAGAGCUGGCUGCAACUCUUGAUGCUGGUCGAGGAUGCCAAGGCGAAGCGGGAAGUGCUGCGGAAGAUGAAGAAAAAGGGGCUCAACCGCAUAGAGUCUACACUUGCCAAGGCUGGACGACACAUGGCCCCCUUUGAGCUCGAGGAUGCCUUGCCGAGGCUGACGUCGAUCGAGCGCUUCGUGGAGCAGCAGGACAUGAAAUACGACCCGGUUUGGCUCGACGCCGUCACACUCAACCGGUUACUCGAGAUACUGGGGAGGAACGAAAAGCACGCAAUGGUCAACGAAUUGCUUGGCCUGGUAUCCACGUCGAGUCGCAUGCAGCCGGACGUGGUCGCCGUGAAUACGAUCAUCACUCACCAGAGAAACAUCCGAGACCUCAUGGAGACUCUGUGUUUUAUAGGGUCAAGGUGGCCUGGUACGCGUCCAAAUCAGGAGACGUAUCAUAUUUUGUUCCGGAUAGCUUGGAGAAUCAGGAGCCCGAACAUGCUGCGUGUCAUUUGGCACUAUGCGUGCUACGACCGGCAGGCCGGCCACAAAAUGCGCCAUCAGCUGAACGUCUUCUACCGCAAGGAAGAGAACCUCGGCCGCCUGUCGCUCCUGAAGACGUGGGAGGAUAGCAUACUCGGCGAGCAAGCGCUGGCUGCGCUACGCGAUGGUGGCAGCAACCGUUUUACCAAGGCGACUUAUGCCGCAAGGUGGCACGGCGAAAGGUCUUUGUCGUCGAAGCCGGAAGAGCCGUUCUUCUCCAAGCUCGCCGAAGCCCGCGAGAUGGAUCGAAGGGUGCACAACAAGAUCAAGGAAGGGGAGGUAAUUGCAGCUUCGGUGAGGGAUGCCCUCACGAUCGAGAUUCCCUUCCAAGACCACCGGCAGCGGAGAGGUCAUCAGCCCGAAGGGUCAUAA